GUACUCUGCAGAAAUGUUGGUUGUUCUGCUAGCUUGCUUUCUUGGUGCUGUCACAGCAGCUCCGACACUGGACCAGUGCCCACGUAUCAUGUCGGAAGCAGGGUUGAGUCCCAACUUUGCUCCGAUGGUUACACACAGUAUCCAUUCUCUCACCGUGGAGGAUAUUCGAUAUUAUUUUAAACCCGAUGCCACAGAGGAGAACGGCAUCCCAACCGUGAACUUGGAUGUAAGGAGCAGCGAGCGAGUUCUCUCCGAUGCCCCCCUGAUUGGAUAUGAUGACGUGUUUAAGACUAAGGCUCUAAAGAGUUUCGACAUGGUGAUGAGGAACAUGAAUAGAACUUGGUGGGGUAUCCCAAACUACAGCGUCCUGGAGAAGGUGUCUCACGCACUUCACAUGGCAGAGGCUUGGGAAAAUGCUAUGGAGGAGUACAAGAUGAUUGAGAGACUGUUGGACCCAGAGUCUGACAUCUGUUCUUGUGUCACCGAUAUCGAGCAUAACGGAGUCCUCAACCAUCUCAACCUUAUCGCUUUCAAGAUAAGAUACCCUGGGAUAACCUCUGGAAAUGCUACUUUCACCAACUAUUAUUUGGCCCAAGCAAAUUCAACUGACCCCACCACCGAAGAUACGCACGUAAGAGAGAAGCGUGCCCCCGAACCUUGGAAGGCCAGCUACUCCCAAGGUGGCUACUCAGCCUCGUACUCGGCUGGCAGAGACAAACCAAGCAGAUUUCACAGAUCCAUGAGUUUUGACGGCAUUGACUUUGAUCUCUCUGAUCUUGAGCUGCUGAAGGAUGUAGCGGAGAAGUUGGUGGAUGAAGAUCACGUGAUGGAAUACCAUAUCGACAGUGCGGAACACUGGGAAUACUGGAAGAACAUUCUGAUCUUGUCGAGUGAGGCAUCCGCCUACUACGAUCUCGCAAUGUUCAUGUUCUGCAUGCUCAACUAAUUACAAAGACAG